AUGGGUCUCUCCUACAACGUCUACUUGUCUGCCAACAAGAUCUUCGGGUGCAAGAAAUGCAAAACCCACCUGGCAGACUUCAACGAAAUCAUCAGUCGGAACUUCCGAGGCCAGCACGGAAAAGCAUACCUCUUCAACACCGUUGUCAACGUCACACCAAGCGAAGCUGUAGAGCGCAGCAUGACGACUGGUCGACAUAUCGUGCGCGAUAUCUCCUGCAGACAGUGCAAGGAAACGGUAGGAUGGACGUACGAUAAGGCAUACGAGAGCACCGAGAAAUACAAGGAGGGCAAGUUUAUCCUUGAGGAGGAGCUUAUAAUGGCUCCCGCUCCCUCUGGUUCUGGCAUGAUGCAAGCAGUCGUGUUCCAUGAGCCCUACAAGGUUACCGUUGAACAGAGGCCUAUUCCCAAGGUGCAGAACCCGGAGGAUGUCGUGGUCAAAGUGGGAUAUACUGCGCUUUGUGGAAGUGAGCUACAUGUGUUCCGCGGCAUAGAGCCCGCCGGAUCGGGUUUUAUCAUGGGCCAUGAGUUUGUGGGUGAGAUCGUUGAGCUGGGCAGUGCCGUUAGGAAUCUUCAGAAGGGUGACCGUGUGGUCACUGCUUUUACUACUUCAUGCGGUGAAUGCUUCUACUGCAAGCAAGGGUGGUCUUCUCGCUGCGAUAAGAACGGUCUUUUCGGCUGUGACAGCUUGGACGGUGGACAGGCUGAAUAUGCCCGCAUUCCGAAUGCCGAAGGUUCUGUCAUGAAGGCCCCCGAGGGCGUUGACGAGAAGUAUCUGGUGCUCAUGGGAGAUAUCUUCCCUACUGGCUGGUUUGCAGCCAACAAUGCAUUCAAAAACUCGACCCCCGAGCAGAUUGCUGGGCAGACUGUCGUUCUGAUUGGAUGUGGACCUGUCGGUCUCUGUGCGCUCAUCAAUGCGCUCGAGUACAAGCCCAAGCAUAUCCUGGCGGUUGACUCGGUCCCGUCGCGACUGGAGCUUGCUAAGUCGCUUGGUGCUGAGCCGUGGAACUUCCAGCUCGAUCGAGCUGGUCUGGACAAGCGUGUCCUGGAGUUGACGGAUGGACGUGGCGCAGAUGCUGUCAUUGAGGUCGUUGGAUUGAGUCCUGCCUUGCGCACUGGCUUUGAGCUGCUGCGACCCUUUGGAACUCUCAGCAGUGUCGGUGUUCAUAAUGGGGAGAUUCCUUGGGAUGGCAAUGAUGCGUAUUCGAAGAAUCUCACUGUCCAGAUGGGUCGAUGCCCUGUUCGGUCUGUUGCUCCUCAGGCUCUAGAGGUUCUCAAGAGAAACCAGGAUAAGCUUGGCUUCAUGGCAGAUAAGAUCAUGCCGCUGUCGCAGGCGGUGGAGGGGUAUGAGCUAUUCAACGCGAUGAAAGUGCAGAAGGUGAUUUUCCAAGCAGAUCAGUAG